CACAAAAUGGCGUUGUGACGCAGCGAGUUACAUAUCACGGAUUAACAUCAAGAAGUUCAGUGCACCGUUUCAUUCGUUAUUAAUGUUAUUGGAUGCGUAGAAAGUAUACAACUCUUUGAUAUGUUGGGCAUAAAGAAUCGAUGUGCAGCAUUAAAUUGUCGAAGCACAACAACAUUAACACAUCGCUUUCCAAAGGAUUACGAAAGGUGCAGAAUAUGGGCAGAACGGGCUGGUUGCGCACAUUUAUUAGAAAAGGGUGUAGAAGUCCUUAACAUGUCCUACAGACUUUGUUCAGAUCAUUUUGAUGAUAAAUGUUACACAUCUACAGAGAGGAGACGACUAUCAAACUUUGCCCUUCCAGAAAUAUUCACCCACAACUCUGGAAGUUUAGAAACUGGAAACAUCGACACCCAGCUUGAACAUGACAUAUCAGAGGAACAAGGAGAAAUAAGUGCUGAUCUUCUGUGUCGUAUUUGUGCAUGUACAAGUGAAGACUUGGUUCCAGUGUUUGGGGAGAGAGGUUUGGAAAUGCAGCUUCUUGACAAGAUACAUACACAUCUACCUAUUAUGGUAACUGCAGAUGAUCUGCUACCGAUAACCGUGUGUAUGGAUUGUGUCUACAAACUAGAAAUGUGCCAUGAAUUUGUUCACUCUUGUUUGGAAGCGGACACAAAACUGAGAGAAUUUCUUGGUUUCAGUGCAGACAAUGAGGAGUAUACUGAGGAAUAUGGUGAAACUCAAAGUUCUUUAGAGAUAAAAGAGGAAUCAGAUGAUGACCAGGACACAGGUAUGUUUGAUGAUUCCUGUGAUAAUCAGGACGGCGGCGGCUAUAUGGAGCACACAGAUGUAAUGGAAAUUUCACAAGAUGAACUUCAUAGUGUAGAUUCUUAUGUACAAGAGGAAUAUGUAAUUGAGGACUCGGCUGACGCGCAAUUGGAAGAUGAGGCCAUUGCUGAUCACAUGCAGGAAGAGUCUGCUCAUCUGAGAUCAGAGCAAUGUGAAAAUGAUAGAAGUCAGUCAGCGGAAACAGAGAAACCAAAAUUCAAAGUGGUAGUUGUCAAAAUGAAGAAUACACCUGACAUGACUCAAGAUGAUCAGAUAGAAAAAGCUUUGGGUGUUUUGAAGAAUGUACAGGACACAUCACAUUCUGUAACUGAGAAACAACAUUUUGUUGAUCAAAAAACACUGGAACAGUCACAAGAACAGGAACGAUUAUGUUUAAAAUCAUCUGACAUUGAACUUCCUGAUGGUCUCACAGUUUGUCUUUUUGAUGAAUCAUCUAUGUUGAAUCUUCCUGGAUUAUCAAAUGAAGAAACAACAACUAAUAUAAAACAAGAACAACAAAUGUCACCAGAUCUUUAUGAUGAAACUGUUUCAACAGUUUCUGUUAAAAAUGAAGUACAUGAAGAAGGAAUUACUCAGGAUGUUUCAAAGAAACCUUUGGUUGAUCAUUCAUACACCCGUUGGGAUCAGACAGUUUAUAGUUGUAUGUAUUGCAAGAGAACAUUUUUUGGUAAAGAUAAUCUUGUAUCACAUCAAACAGUUUCUCACCCUGAGAAAGUAUUCUGCUGUCCAGAAUGUGAUAUAAUCGUUUAUGAAUCUAAACAGUUCUUUGAGGAGCAUGAGAAAACUCAUUUAAGCAAACCGGAAUGUGGUGAAAAUACUCUCAAAGUAAAUUGGCACAUGAGUGAAAAUUGUUGUUUGACAGAAAGUAAAUGUGUGGUAUCAGAUAAUGGCAGCAUAAGUGAAAUGAUUAAUUCUAGAGAAAGCAAAAUAGAUGAUGAGGCUCACAAAGCUUGUUCAUUAGAAACAGAUCUUAAAUCUGGUAUGGCAUUGCCACCAAUGAAAAUGUCAGAACAGGAUAUGUCAUCUUUACAUAAGAAGGAGGCAGACACACAGAAUAUUGUUGAAAUUAUGAGAGUGGCAGAAAUUUUUGUUGAACCAGAAAGAUCCAUCCUGAAAAAAGGGCCAUUUCAGAGCAAUUCAAAAUUCCGUGUGAAAAUAUGUAAGAACUUUGAAAAUGUUGAAAGUAAUGUGAAGUCAAAGGUUAUAAGAGCAAUUAGGGGAAUUAUUAAGAUGUCAGAAAAUGAUAGAAAAGUUGUAGGAAAAGAAAGGCCAUGCCAGAAUAGUGAAGAAGUGCAGGAAAAAACCAGAACUCAAGAAAUUACAGCAUGGAAUGAGAUGAAGAGAGAAGUAAACCACAAAUAUUGGAAAUGCAAGCGGUGUGACCACUUAUCUGUUUCAUGGGAAGAGCAUCGCAAUCACAUACGGGAGCAUCCUCCGGUAUCAUUUCACUGCACUUGCUGUGAUAAGGAGUUUCCUUCCAAGGCAAGACUUCAGUGCCACAUGUUUGUACACACACAGGAAAAACGUUUCAUCUGUGAAUAUUGUGGAAAAGGUUUCAGUAACAAACACGCUCUCAAGAAUCAUCAAUACACACACAAUGAAGGGGAGAAAACAUUUGAAUGCCAAGACUGUGGAAAAAAGCUUGGGACAAGAAGGGGCUAUGACAGUCACUGUGCUAGCCAUACCGAAGCUUCAUGUCUCUGUGAUGUUUGUGGCAAGAGCAUGAAACAUCUCAAUAGUCUGCGGUUGCACAGAUUGACCCACAUUGAUCCCAAUUUCUUCAGAAGAUGUUGUACAGUUUGUGGGAAAACUUGUCGGAACAGAGUCACUGAAGUAUGAAGAGUCCCGUCUUCUGGAAUGUAAUACCGUGUAGUCCAGUAGAAGUUCGCUGAAGUUCCAGCUUCCUGCCUGGUUGUUGCUGAUUUCCUGCUUGGCUUAUUCUUUGAUCCUGCAGAUGUGGGCAGUACAUUCUUCAGAAAUGUCUCAGUGAAUUUUUGACUGCUCUGCACGACAUUACAUCCCAAAAGAUAGUGCAUUUCAUAGUCACUGCUGUGAGAACCUGAAGUCCAAUCACCGAAAUGUGUUUUGUUAUAAAUGUUCAGAUAGCAACCCAGAUCACUCUUAGAUAGGCAUGUGCGAUAUCAAAUUUUCAAAUUCGAAUUAAUAAAAAUUUUCUUGAUCUUAAUUCAGAUUUUAGUUUUUUGGUGUUGAAUGUGGAGAAGUUUCUUAUAACCACUUUUACUUUGCACAUCAAAGCCUUAUGUCAGAAUGUAUCAGUUUUGUAUUUGCCAGAAUGGAAGACAAGGUUGGUCAUCUUGAAUAUGUUUAUGUAUAUUAGAUGUUCUUAAUCUGUUUUAAGCUUGUGGCAUGUUCAUAUCAGAUUCUGUAUUAUCAUGCUAUGAGAGAGAGAGACAAGUUCAUAGGUAUGAGCCUUCAUUAGGUUGCCCAAGUAAUAUCUGAGUUAUACAACAAAUGCUGUAAUUUGCAGAUUUAUGUAAUGAGAUUCUGUGCUCAGACAUUUGUCUUUCACCAUAAAAGUUGCAGAUCAUGUCAGAAGAUGUACUAGUGUAGAAGGAAACAAUGUAUCUGAACAUACUGGGGAAGUUUUGAUUCAUUCUUUAACAUUAUGGUGAUUAAACAUUCAGAUGAAGCAGACAGCUGUGAAGAGUCUGAAGGAAGAAACAACAGUGAGAGGAAAUUAUGCCUGUUCUACAUGAAUGGCAUAUGUUUGUAUGGUUUUAAAGGCAGAAUGGAAUGUCAGUUCAGUGCACUAUCAUCAGCAUUAGCAAACAGUAAUUUAAAUCCAACAGCAUACAAACAGUGCUGGGAAAUUCCACUUUGCAAGAAGUUACCACCACAUGAAGUGGUCAUACCAGGAAGAGUGACCUAAUAACUGCAUGUUCUAGUGAGUGAGCCUUUUAUGGAUCAUCUGUAACAGUUGUAUUCUGAGUGGCUCUUGGCAGGGGACCAUGUUACACCACUGGGACAAAAAGAAGACUGACAUAGAAAUGAUAUUCCAGUGGAUUAAGACCAGAAAUGAUAGUCACUGGAUUUCAAAAGAGCCCUAUGUCUGAUGAAAUGGGUGGGGGUACAGAUGAGAAUACCGGCAGUGAGUGUAAGAGUGAGACACAUGAUAGGGAUGAUGAACAGAGUGAAACCACUGAAGCAGAAUAGAGGCUAGUGACUUCAGUAAGGGCCAACUUAAUAUAUAUAUAUAACAUUUUUUCUGUUAUUAGUUUUUUGCGUGUUUGUAGUAAGAGUGUGAAAUUAAUUCAUAAUUUUUUUUCCAUGCAGACUUCUUUUUGAAUCAAGUUUAAUUUGGUUAAAUGCAGUAGUACACUAAAACAGUGGCUACUAUUAACAGAUUUUUAUAGUGAAAAGAAUUGGUCCACUAGAGAAAAUUCUCAUCUCAUAUCUCAGAAUUUUUACAAAUUCUUGUGUUGAACUGAAGAAGCCGUCCUUACACGUGCCUAUUAUUUAAGCCUUGGUAUUGAAUCAGAUAGAUUCUAAAGGGUUCUGACGAUGGUGUGCAGCAGAGUACCAGAUAAUAAGUCCAAAAACCCAGUAUUUCUGAUCGAAUCAGAUGUAGUACAAUGCUGCAAAUUUUGAAAUGAAUUCUUAUUUAAAUAAACACAUUUCCUUUUAUUAAGUUAUGAAAAAAAUUAAAACCAGUUCCAGAAUGUUGUCCCUUUAAAUACAGAUACCCUCGAAGUAAUGAGACAGGCAGCAAACUAGUAUCAUCAUUCAAGUUUUAUGCAUCAGCGGAAGUCCAGACUACUCUAUUAGCCCAAGCAUGUAACUGAAUAUUUGUGGUAAAUUAAAAAGCCAUGAUAGCCCAGUAAACACACACUGGCUAUGGGGUACAAUGAUGUUGAGAUUUCCUCUGUACCUCUUUUACAACAGACAUGGAGUCUACUUAGCUUCCUGUUGAACCGAUAGUGUGUAUACUUUCUUAGGGGAUGAAGACAGCCAGCUUGUGAAACUCCGGUAUUUAUUGCUACAGAACCUUAUCUGCAUGUACCAGUGUGUUGUGAUGGUUUUGCCCAGGGAUAUGUUUACUAUAGUAUUAUUCUGAAGGACUCAAACAGGGACAGCCCAGUCAGAAUGACUGGUUAUGGCUUGGACUUCUGGGAUUCUGUUCCCAGAAAGUUAAGGGAAUUUUUCAUUGUUAAUACAUUAACUAUUACCGGCCAUGGGGAUUCGUUGCCCUGACCGCACGACAUCCUCUAUCCGCUAAAAGUUGACACUAACUUUGUUGAUAAGUGGCGGUCGCUUGGUAGGUAUAGUUCACUUGCGGACUCAAGCCACGGAAUUCUUUUAAUACGUUAACUAGCUCUGGCACCCACCCAACUUUCCCUGGAGGUAAAGCAUCCGUAUAAUGCUAAAGACUUACACCUUUGUAUUCCUUCAUGGCGUAGGCACAAGGGGAACUUUCCCAUACCAAAUAAGAAAGAAUGAAGACCUUCAGAAUUUUAUGUAUACAUUUAUCUCUCGGUUCAGUUAACGACAUCAGUAUUAUCAUCUUGUAAGUAUGAGGCCAUAUGACCUUUUACAGAUUCAUGCCAUCUCUUCACUGUUCUUCCCAGAUUUCUCUUUCUUCUAGGCUUGUAUGCUAUAAUCUGUUAUGUUAUGUUUCCUGAUUUUCUUACUUUGCCAGUUUUCGUUAAAUUUGAUAAAAGCAGCAUGCCAUUGGAUAGCAUCUUAUCUUGGUAAGUUUUAAACUCCAUCUUCAAUAAAAACUUGUGAGUUACAGUCACUGCUGUUGUAUAAUUUAGGGUCUCAAAAAUGUGUAUAUGUUUGAAAAUGUAUAGCUUCUGCUAAGAUAAUCUGUUUUAGAACAGUUGGAAAUAAUUUGAUAUGAAACAGUUUCUAUGUGAUAAGUGAUGAAUCUUCGUAACUUGACUUGAGAAAUUGGUAUGGUGGCACAUUAUAAAUCCAUCUGACAUUACAGUGAAACCUGUGUAUAUUGGCCACACGUGGUUCCAUUAAAAUCAAGCAAAUCAAGCAGGUGCCUAACUCAGAUAAUGUAACUGAAAUUUCCAGUUUUGAUGGCGAUACUGACUACUGUAUUGUGUUAUAUCCAUCAAUCACAACUUUUUGUUUUUAAUAAUUGGUGUCCCUUGAAAUGUUACUAUACUACAUCUUUCAGUCAUUUUGACCAUCAUCUUGUGUUUUAAUAAACAAUUAAAUGUGUCAGUGUUCGUUACUGAACCGCUUACGCAACAGAUCCAUUGCUGUUGGUCUUAUCAUCUAUAAUAGAAACUAGUAUAUAUAAAUACAUAUACAUAUGAGUACUUUUAGG